AUGACUAAACCAACUAAUGAAAUGUUCGAAAUAAUGCGUCAUGCAUCAAAAGGUGAUGAUGAAGAUGAAUCUACUAAAGAUCUAGAAGCUUAUGUAGCGGAAUUGGCAGGAUAUGAAGCAGCAUUAUUCGCACCAUCCGGUACAAUGACAAAUCAAAUAGCGAUUCGAGCACAUUUAUCUACACCUCCUCAUUCGGUACUCUGUGAUUUCAGAUCCCACAUCUACAAUUAUGAAGCAGGAGGAAUAGCAUUUCACUCUCAUGCUUUGGUUUUACCGAUAAUCCCAACCAACAGCUUGCACUUCACCUGUUCAGAGGUUCAAUCCAAAAUAAUUACCACAGACGAUUAUCAUUACGCUCCAACUCGGGUGAUUUCUAUAGAGAAUACAUUGAAUGGAUUACUUUUCCCAUUUGAUGAAAUUAAAAAUAUAUCUAAAUUGGCCAAAAAAGAAAGAAUAAAAUUACAUUUAGAUGGUGCAAGGUUAUGGAAUGCAUGUGCCGAAACUGGUUUAUCCUUGCAAUCUUUUGCAAACCAUUUCGAUUCAAUGAGUUUAUGCUUAUCCAAAAGUAUCGGUGCACCAAUUGGUUCAAUAUUAGUUGGUAAUAAAGAAUUUAUUAAAAUUGCAAAACAUCUAAGGAAAUUAUUUGGUGGUGGUUGGAGGCAAUCCGGUAUGUUGGCUGCAGCUGCUAAGUUUGCUAUCUUAUCAAACUUUCCAGAUAAUUUAAAAAAAUCACAUCUAUUAACUAAAAAAUUAUCUAAAGAAUUAUAUAAUCUUGGUAUUCAAAUAAUGCUUCCCGUUCAUACAAAUAUUAUCUUUAUCGAUACUAAAUCGGUUAACUUGACUAUUAACGAAUUAGCCAACAAAUUAGCUUUACAUAAUAUUAUCAUCGCUGGUAAUGAUUCUACUACUACUAGAUUAGUUCUACAUUAUCAAAUUCCUCCCAUUGCAAUUGAAAAAUUUGUUGAGGUAACUUCCAGCAUAAUAAGAGAUAAAAAAAAAUAUAAAUUAAUGGUGUAA